CUGUGACGUCAUCGAGCCCCGUCUCGCCCGCGGUGACUUCACAGUGCUCGCGGCCCUGGCUCUCGCCUCCUGCCCCGUCUCCUCCCUCUGCCCCCGCCGGGGGUGGGGGGCGUUGCGAUGAAGCGGGGGCGCGAGCCUGAGCUGGGCCCCGGCGGAGCAGGUGCGGUGGCCAGGAGGGGCUGGAGCGGGGCCUAGGCGGGAUGGGGCCGGCCCUGCGCAGACAGCCGACGCCCGUGGCCGCAGCCCCCUGGCAUAGACCCCCGACCUCCGCCCGUCCAGGCCGCCCCCUGGAGCCAGCCUUCCCCUCGGGCCGUCCCGGGCGGCUGCAGCGCCACCUCCUGAGCGGUGAGUUCGAGCAGCUGCGCGACUUCCCCAUCUUUGAGAGCAACUUCGUGCAGGUGACCCGGUCGGGAGAAGUCGCCAACAAGGUGACCAUGGGGGUGGCAGCCUCCAGCCCAGCCCUGGAACUCCCGGACCUGCUGCUGCUGGCGGGCCCUGCCAAGGAUGACGGAGAGCUGCAGCUCCUCGGGCUGUUCCCCCUGCAGUUCGUGCAGCUCUUCGUGCACGACGAGCGCCGCUGCCAGCUCAAGGUCAAGUUCUGCACCGGCCGCGCCUUCUACCUGCAGCUGCGCGCGCGGCCCGAGGCCCGCGAGCGGGAGUUCGGCCGCUGGGUGCGGCUGCUCUACCGCCUGCGCUUCCACGCGGCGCACGGAGCCGUGCCGUUCACGCGGGGGAGCUGGGCGCUGGGCGCCGACGACAGCGAGGACGAGGACGAGGACGAGGACGGGGGCUGCGCGGCCUGCGCCGAGCUUCAAGACACGGAAGCCAGACUGGACCCACUGACCUCAGAACUCUGGGGACUCUGAUUGCACCCGCACCCUCUGAGCUGUCAAAGGACCGGGGACCCAGGCCCCUGCCGCGAGAGCCAGAUCGGGGGGCAGGCGUUCGUCAGCCGCCGUCCGCCCUGGGACUCAACGCGCCAGUCACCAGCGGUGUGGUCUCGGGCCGUCCGGCUGCCCGCACCACCACGGAGACCCGGCGCUGCCUUGGGACACAGCCUGCCCAGGCUGGCCUCUGCUCCUGACUCACCGGGGCUGCCAUUGCGCCAGCUUGUGUCCUCACUCCCUCUUGGUGGUGAGCGUGGCAGGGCUGUCCCCACAUGGCCCGGGGUUCACCCUCACCAGCCCGAGGGCGCCUCACUAAAAUAGCUGUUUCGCAGUGGUGGCCUCUCGGGGCCUGUUUCGCCGGGGCUGUCACUCCCCCUCCCCCUCCCAAAGGACCCCCUGGAAGCCGGAGCCGCGGGUUCAAGGACAGACACCGGGAGUCAUAGUCUACACUAUUAUAUUCUCAGCGAUGACUCUGGGAAGGAGAGUUCCGUCGGGGCUGGGGUUAGGACCGUGCAGCCAGCUGGGGGGCAGGCGGG